UCUUCAUCUUGCGUCGAAACAAAGCGGUCCUCGUUCUUCUCCUCUGUGGUCUUCGUCCGUCCAACCGCGAACCUUCCUCGUCAUCAGCAUCGUCACCAGCGCCUGACCCUCGCUCCAGCGCCGGCCGGGUCACCAUGGCAACGGUCAUUUGCACUCGCUUCACCGAGGAGUAUCAACUGUACGAGGAGCUGGGAAAGGGCGCCUUCUCGGUGGUGCGCCGCUGCGUGAAGGUGCUGUCGGGUCAGGAGUUCGCCGCCAAGAUCAUCAACACCAAGAAGCUGUCGGCGCGAGAUCAUCAAAAGUUGGACCGCGAAGCUCGAAUUUGCCGCCUGCUCAAGCAUUCUAACAUUGUGCGGCUGCAUGACAGCAUCUCGGAGGAGGCUCAUCAUUACCUCAUCUUUGACUUGGUGACAGGCGGCGAGUUGUUUGAAGAUAUCGUCGCCCGAGAGUAUUACAGCGAAGCCGACGCCAGCCACUGCAUCCAGCAAAUUCUCGAGGCGGUGCUCCACUGUCACCAGAUGGGCGUGGUCCAUCGCGACCUGAAGCCGGAGAACCUGCUGCUGGCCUCCAAGUCCAAGGGGGCGGCGGUCAAGCUGGCUGACUUCGGGCUGGCCAUCGAGGUGGAGGGCGAGCAGCAGGCCUGGUUUGGCUUUGCUGGGACCCCCGGAUAUCUUUCUCCCGAAGUUCUGCGGAAGGAUCCCUACGGAAAGGCCGUUGACCUCUGGGCCUGUGGUGUGAUCCUGUACAUCCUUCUGGUGGGCUAUCCUCCCUUUUGGGAUGAAGACCAGCACCGUCUGUAUCAGCAAAUCAAAGCGGGAGCGUAUGAUUUCCCGUCCCCCGAGUGGGACACGGUGACUCCCGAGGCCAAAGAUCUGAUCAACAAGAUGUUGACCAUCAAUCCGUCCAAACGCAUCUCGGCCGCCGAGGCGCUCAAACAUCCCUGGAUCUCUCAUCGCUCCACGGUGGCGUCCUGCAUGCACAGACAGGAAACGGUGGAAUGUCUGAAGAAGUUUAACGCCCGCCGCAAGCUCAAGGGCGCCAUCUUGACGACGAUGUUGGCCACCCGCAACUUCUCAGGAGGGAAGAGCGGAAACAAGAAGACGGACGGGGUCAAGGAGUCGUCAGAGAGCACAAACACCACCAUCGAGGAUGAGGACACUCGAGUGAGGAAGCAGGACAUCAUCAAAGUGACGGAGAUGCUGAUCGAGGCCAUCAGUAACGGCGACUUUGAGAGCUACACCAAGAUGUGCGACCCGGCCGUGACGGCCUUUGAACCCGAGGCGCUGGGGAACCUGGUGGAAGGCCUGGACUUCCAUCGCUUUUACUUUGAAAAUCUGUGGUCCAAGAACAGCAAGCCGGUGCACACCACCAUCUUGAACCCUCACAUCCACCUGGUGGGCGAGGAAGCGGCCUGCAUCGCCUACAUCCGCGUCACUCAGUACAUCGACAGCAACGGGACACCGCGCACCGUCCAAUCGGAGGAGACCAGGGUGUGGCACCGCCGCGACGGCAAGUGGCAGAUCGUCCACUUCCACCGCUCGGGCUCGCCCUCCACGCUCAGCAAGUCACCGUCGCCUUGACGACCAAUUGAUUGACAGCAGGCCGGUCCCGUCGACAAACAGGAAGAGAAGGAGCUGAGGACGGACGGGGCCAAACCUUAUUUGUUCAUCCGUUUGACCAAUCAAUCAACCAACCAAUCACACUGCCCCCACCCCCACCCCCAACCCCACCUCCCUCCACGCCCCUCAUUGCCUGUGUCCGAAUCUGCACGCUAUUCCCCAUAUGAAUGGUGUUAGUGUCCGAGGAGCAUUUAAAAGAACCCACAAUGCACAAAAGUUGAAUCUCUAGAAAGCUUUCAAUUGAAUGAACCCCCAAGCCACAGGGUCCUCAAAAUAGUUGGGUGUGGGCUUGUCAAACCUGCUGAGUCUCACUAUGGUGGGGGGAUAAGGGUGGACAUUCGGACACAGGCCCUUGAUGGGUGCUUUUCAUGGUACUGACAAAGGAGGCCUCCCUCCCUCCCUCCCUCCCUCCCCCCCACACAGUGGCCGCCGGAGGAGGGCUUGUCUCAGCAAAGUGAAAUGUGUAUUUAUUGAUUCUCAACAGAAAGUGGCUGGCUGGUGCAUGUGUCUUUUGUCAGGUAACCAACAGGAUAAAUCCAAAUGUUGUUUUGGUGAUUGAUUGCUAGCCUUUGUUCCAUCCAGACGCUUCCUUCUCUCGUUUGCGACCUCGCGAGCUUCCAUAAACACCUGCACUUCGAGGGUCUGCUUCCUCCCAAACAGUACACAUGUGUGGGCCGAGUCAGACAAACGUAUGACAUAGUAAUAAUUCCAAAAACAACUUUGUUGGAUUUUUAGCUCGUUAGUCCACUUCAAGUGCUUUGAC